GUAAGUGUGGAAAUUAAUACAAGACAAGACAAGAAACUUGUUCAUUGUCCUCUUCGCCAUUCACAUUCUUUCGAGAGACUUCUCUUCUCUCCUCCUUCUUCUUCUUCCUCCAUGGCUUUCCUUCAAGAUCAGUUUCAACAACGUCACUAUCAAAACCAGCAACAACAACAACAAUCUCAGCCACAAACCAAAUCUUUCAGAAAUUUACGAACAAUUGAUGGUCAGAUGUCACAGCAGAUGGCUUUUUACAACCCUACUGAUUUGCAAGAUCAGUCUCAGCAUCCACCUUACAUUCCUCCAUUUCAUGUUGUUGGUUUUGCUCCUGGUCCUGUAAUUCCUGCUGAUGGAAGUGAUGGUGGUGUUGAUUUGCACUGGAAUUUUGGUUUGGAACCGGAGAGGAAGAGACUAAAAGAACAGGAUUUUUUGGAGAAUAAUUCUCAGAUAUCUUCUGUGGAUUUCCUGCAACCUCGAUCUGUUUCAACGGGAUUGGGAUUGUCGCUUGAUAAUACCCGCUUGACUUCAACCGGAGACUCGGCUUUGCUGUCACUUAUAGGGGACGACAUUGAUCGUGAGCUGCAACAGCAGGAUUUAGAGAUGGAUAGAUUUCUCAAACUGCAGGGUGAACAAUUGCGGCAAACAAUUUUAGAGAAAGUUCAGGCAACCCAACUUCAGAGUGUUUCAAUCAUUGAAGACAAGGUCCUCCAAAAACUUCGUGAGAAAGAAACCGAGGUGGAAAACAUCAACAAGAGGAAUAUGGAACUCGAAGAUCAAAUGGAGCAGUUGAGUGUAGAAGCAGGCGCAUGGCAACAGCGAGCCAGAUACAACGAAAACAUGAUUGCUGCUCUCAAGUUUAACCUCCAACAAGCAUACCUUCAAACUAGAGAUAGUAAAGAAGGAUGUGGUGACAGCGAGGUAGAUGAUACAGCUUCUUGCUGUAAUGGUCGUUCGCUUGAUUUUCAUCUGCUCCCCAACGAAAAUUCCAACAUGCAAGACAUGUUGAAAUGCAAGGCUUGCAGAGUCAAUGAAGUGACCAUGGUUUUAUUACCUUGUAAGCAUCUUUGCCUCUGUAAAGAUUGCGAAAGUAAGCUUAGUUUUUGUCCUCUAUGUCAAUCCUCUAAAUUCAUCGGCAUGGAGGUCUAUAUGUAACUGCAUAAUUUAUUUCAACACAGUCUAAAUCUCUAAUUUUAUGUUGAAAGUUAUGUGUCUUGUGUUGUUGCUUAUCAUAGUUUUUGUUCCACAAUUGUAACUCCAAGUACCAUGACAACAUUGUAACUAUUUGUAAGUUGUAUUGUACUGUAAUGAACAUUACUUAUUAAGUUUAGUAAAUUUUGGAAGGAUAUAUAUUAACAUGAUACA